CGGACCGGCGAGGAACGGCGGAACGGACCAAUAGUUGUUAUUGCGGGACGAAGCGGAACGAACCUCUUCGGCCGCACUCGCCUCCCUCACGCGCCGCCAGCCACGAAAUAUCCCCCACAAUGGCUUUAGAACUGGCACAGGAAAACAUCUGGUUUGACAAGUGGCGUGUAGAUGAUGCAGAACGCGAGUUCUAUGAGAACAAGUCCAUGCCAGCUAUUGGACGCAGUUGCCAAAGGCCGCCCUGUAUAGGGAGACCUGUAGGGUCUAACUGUAAGCCAAACGACAGUCAAGAGCAGGUGUGUGAAAGUGUCAAGAUGCAAGAGUCGCCCUCUGCUCGCGCCUCUCAAGUUUCUGAAAGGUCUGAAAAGUCGGAAAACUUGAAGAGCAGCCAAGUAGAGCCGCAAGAGGAGGGAAGUCGUGGGGGAUCCAGUUCAGGGGUGAAUCCAGACAUCCUCAACAGGAUCACCAAGCUGGAGGGAGAGAACUGCACCCUGAAGAAGACUGUGUCAACCUUAGAGCAGACCAUCCUGAACCUCACCAAAAGGUUAGCGGCCUUGGAAUGCGGCGGCAAGACCACUACAGCCCCAGCCAAGAGCAAGCCAGAGCCCAUGGAGACUGAAGAGGAUGAUGAUGAGGAAGUUGAUCUCUUUGGCUCAGAUGAUGAUGAUGAGGAGGAGAGUGCAGAAGCUGCCCGCAUUAGGGAAGAACGUUUAAAGGCCUAUGCGGACAAGAAAUCAAAGAAGCCUGGUCCCAUUGCCAAGUCUUCAGUACUCCUUGAUGUAAAGCCAUGGGAUGAUGAAACAGACAUGAAGGUUAUGGAGACCGAAGUACGUAAGAUUGAGAUGGAUGGACUCUUGUGGGGUGCUGCUCAGUUGAAGCCAUUGGCUUUUGGUAUCCAGAAACUCUCAAUUUUGUGUACAGUUGAAGAUGAGAAGGUAUCCAUUGAUGACCUUUGUGAGAAGAUUCAAGAAAUUGAAGAUUACGUGCAAAGUGUAGAUGUUGCUGCUUUCAAUAAAAUCUAAUUGCCAUUCAUUCCACGGUUAAUACAGAAAUAAACAGGAGU